AUGCCACAUGCCUCGACUGCUUUAGUCCGCGUCUGUGGACGAGGAAGCGCCGACAUAGCCUCUCAAGCUGCAUGGAAUCCUUCCAUCUCUCUCCAUCUCGCAACCGAGCUUUGCCUCUGUAGCCGGUUGUUCCUACCCGUCUGCCCGUCGUCCGCCCUUCUCAGGUAA